CAGAUCCAGAACCCCAUCAUGAAAUACAUCCUGGUGACUGGAGGUGUGAUAUCGGGGAUUGGCAAGGGUGUCAUUGCAUCGAGCGUUGGCACCAUCCUCAAGCACUGUGGACUGAGGGUCACGUCCAUCAAGAUUGAUCCUUACAUCAACAUUGAUGCCGGAACUUUCUCCCCUUAUGAGCAUGGUGAAGUUUUUGUGCUGGACGAUGGUGGAGAGGUGGAUCUUGACCUGGGUAAUUAUGAGCGGUUCCUUGACGUCACACUCCACCGUGACAACAACAUAACCACAGGCAAGAUCUACCAGUCGGUCAUCAACAAAGAGAGACGCGGGGACUACUUAGGGAAAACUGUUCAGGUGGUGCCACACAUCACAGACGCAAUUCAAGAAUGGGUCGAGACAGUGGCACAUCGGCCAGUGGAUGGCGAUCAUGCAGACCCUGAGGUAUGCAUCAUCGAGCUGGGAGGCACCAUUGGAGACAUCGAGGGUAUGCCCUUCGUGGAGGCCUUCAGGCAGUUCCAGUUUAGAGUGAAGAGAGAGAACAUAUGUGUAGUUCACGUGUCCCUGGUGCCCCAGCCAUCCUCAACAGGAGAGCACAAGACCAAGCCAACACAAGCCAGCGUGAGGGAGCUGCGUGGAUUGGGUUUGUCUCCUGACUUUAUUGUGUGCCGUUCAGAGAAGCCCAUUGACCAGUCUGUCAAGCACAAGAUAUCCAACUUCUGUCAUGUGUCUCCAGAGCAGGUCAUUUGUUUGCAUGAUGCCUCAAGCAUUUAUGCAGUGCCAUUGAUGUUGGAGGAGCAGCAGGUGUCGCACCUUCUCAGCGAUCGCCUCAGCCUCAACUUGAACACACAUCGCCCCAGGAACUUCAUGAAGAAAUGGCGUGAUCUCUCAACCAAGCAUGAACACCUUCGGUACAGUGUCACCAUUGUGCUGGUUGGCAAGUAUACACAACUAGAAGACUCGUAUGCCUCGGUGAUCAAGGCCCUGCAACAUGCAGCCCUUGCAUGCAACCGCAAACUGGAGCUGAAGUGCAUGGAGGCUGAGGACCUAGAGGAGGAGGCUAAGGCAAACCGACCUGUUAAGUACUACGAAGCAUGGCAGAAUGUGUGUAAGGCAAAUGGUAUUAUUGUUCCUGGAGGCUUUGGUCAGCGUGGAAUGGAAGGAAAGGUCGCUGUGUGCAAAUGGGCCAGGACAAUGAAGAAGCCGCUGUUGGGCGUAUGCCUAGGCUUACAGGCUGCAGUCAUUGAAUAUUCAAGAAAUGUACUGGGCUGGGCAGAUGCCAACAGCCAGGAGAUGUCUCCUGAGGGAACGCGACAUGUGAUUGUGGAGAUGCCUGAGCACAACCCAGGCCAGCUUGGGGGCACCAUGAGGCUGGGCAAGAGGCAGACUGUGUUCAAAUCGCAUGACUCGAAGCUUCGUCAGUUAUAUGGCAAUGUGGACUAUGUUGAGGAGAGGCACCGACACAGAUUUGAAGUGAAUCCAAAAUUUGUUGCUGAUUUAGAGGCAGCUGGAAUGAAGUUUGUGGGCCAUGAUGUUGAUGGAGAAAGGAUGGAAAUUAUGGAGUUGGCAGAUCACCCUUACUAUGUGGCUUGUCAGUACCAUCCAGAGUACCUCACUAGGCCAUUGAAGCCAUCACCCCCAUACCUGGGUCUAAUCCUAGCAUCUAGUGGCAAGUUGGAGCAGUAUUUGUCCCGAGGAUGUCGAAUGAGCCCCACUGAUUCUCCUGAGUCUUCUGACGAAGAGCUGCCCAUGCCUCCCCACCUGCUGGUACACCAAACAGACAAGCCUAGCAUGUCACCUGCUUCUCGCACUACUCCUCCCCCCACACUCCAAGAAAUGCCUACUUCAGCCCUCAACAGCACCCCCUCCCCAGCUGAGAAGGGAGAUCUUGAAGAAAGUAAACAGAGCCUAUAAUAGUAUGGCUGGUCUAGGACAUUGUCAUUAGCCAUGGUGUAGUAGUGUUUAACACACACUUUUUUAUUAAUGUCACAAGUUAUUAUUUUUUUCUAUUUGUAUUCAUUAUUGUUUUUUCUUUUAUAUUUACUCUUUGUUUUCAACAUCAGUAUUAUUAUAUGUGCAGUUCCCCUAUGGUUCAUUUCCAGAGUGCUUUUUUUAGUAAGUUUUACACACACACACCUAUAUCAGGUCUAUAGUUUAUAUGUGGUGCAUUAUGAAAAACCCUAUUACUCAAAUUUAUGAUAUAUAUAUAUAAUCCCUUAGUGUUCAUACUCAAAAUAUUGAGGACAGGAGAUAACUUUGUAUAUUUUGUGCUAGCCAUAUCGUCCCUCCCCUUUCAGAGACAUAAAACUAUAUUUAAUGUGUUUGUCACACCCUCCAGAAAUAUAAAACUAUAUAGAAUGUGUUUUUCACGAUGAUCCUUUGCAAAUGGUCUUUAUAUUUUUUGGCAAGUGAACCAUACUUACGCAUGUGUGUAAGGCAGAUAGAUAUUCUCAAUAUUUGAAUGAAGCUUUGAAUUAUUUUUCCUUUCCCUCUUUGUUUUUUUAGUGUGAGGAAGAAUGAUAGGAAUAGAAUUAAGAUAGGUAAAAGAUUAUCUCAUGAUUGAAUAAGUAUUUAAUUUUACUUGGAAGGAAAAAGUAUUCUCAGAAAUCAUUCAUUCAUCCAUCUAUCUGUUUCUGCAAGUAAAACAGUCAUGAGUCUAAAGUUUGGUGAAUGCUGUAAAGGCAGGAUGCCUUGUAGCAUUUUCACUUGCUUUGUCCAGUAUGGUGUGUAAUAAUGAUGUAAUCAGGUAUGAUGAUGCAGUGUUGCAUAUUAUCCUUCAUGUGCCAUAUAAUACAGUAGAUAGCAAAGGUCAGUGCAAUACGAGAAUGUAUGGAAAGUUUGCAUGCUCGAGUGAGGAAUUGGGUGUAGGUUUGUUGUUUGCCAAUGAUACUUUGGCAACCAGAUGAUGUUUUUUGGUGAUUGUUGUUUAAAUUUGUUUAUGCAUGUAGGCUUUGGUUUGUGUUGUAAAAGGGAAAUAAUUUUUGUUGUAGUAUUUCCCUCCCAUUUAGUUGGUAGAAAAUAUUUUUAUAUUCGCAGAAAAGUAAUGUAUAACCUUUUUAUUUUAUAUUUUUCAAUUGUUCUUUUUUUUUAGAAAAUGAAUGGGAAAAUAAGAAAUGUAUAACCUUUCCUUUUAUAGUGUUUUUUUUUUGAAGUUUGUAAUAUAUUCUCAGUGUAAUUUAGAUUUUUUUUAUUAUUAUUAAUAUAAUUUUGGUGCAUUGAUCUAACUAAUUCAGAUUUCUUUAGCACUUACCAAAGCACAAUGAUGAAAUGGAUGCUCAUUUUUCAUGCAUUUAUUUAAUAUGAAAAAAAAAUAGUAUCAAAGUAGCAUGAAACAGAAAGAACAUGUAUUUUUAGCAUUUCAUGUGGUGUGUGCAGUCUCUAAUAACCAGACAAAUCAGAUGUGUAUAACCUUUCUAUGUGAAGCAUUUAUCGAACAAUAUAUAGAUGUGUAUCUCAUAUUCCAUGCCCUUAAUACCCUCAUAUAUCUGCCAUGUACGUUUUCUUUAGGAGCCAAGAUGUGCAUUAGCUUAAUUUGUUGUAUAUUUGAUUAACAUUUAGAAAAUCUUUAUUUGUUUUGUUUUGCUUUUUUGUUCUUUAUAUUUUAUAUAUACCCGGUGUAUAUGCAUAUUUUAUUGAUAAUUCACAUUUAUUACAAUUGCCACUUUUGGUAUGGUGUAUCUCAUUAUUUUACAGUAGUAACCGAAACACAGAUUUGUAUCUCAAAGACUGAAUGAUAUAUCCUCCAAGCUGAAUGAACCUGAAUAAAGUUAAAAACUAUUUAAGAAUUACUGAUAUUUGAUACAAUAGUUUAUGUACAAACGGCUGGUGUGACCCAUACCAAUGAUUUGAUUUAGCCUUUUAUGAUAUAUUCACUGAAUUUUUAAUGCAGGUUUAACAGACUGGAUAAAGUCAUGCAUAUCAGUAUUGAGUUUUCUUUCUUUUUUCAAUGAAAAGAUCUUUUGUAUGCAUUCAUUGCAAUCUCAUUUUUCUAUAACAUGGGAUUCAGUUUUUUUAGUUAUGGUUAGUUAGCUAGUUAUGGGUGCAAAUUUAAUUGUAAUUCUUGAAUUCCAUUGAAGUUGUUUGGUUUUAAAUGUACUUCAUCCCAUGGGUUGUAUUAAUGGUCAAUUAUUCCUCUGUGUUACAGAUUUAGAUUGGUGAUGAAGUAGCCAUAGCAUAUUUUCUCACUUAAGUAUGGAAUACACAGAGGCAACAACUUUCUACUAAGGGAUCUUGCUUCUUCCUUGAAAGCAAUUUUAGAAAGCUCCUUAGAAAAUCUAAAAAAGCCAGAGACUAGUUUCCAAGCAUGUAUCAAGAAUUACUCAAAGAAAAAAGG